AGUUCAUUCAGCAUGAUGGCUGCGGAUGCUGCGGAUGCUCUCUGCUGCAUCCUGCAUCCGCACCGGCUCUCCUACCUCCACCACCUCCUCCUCCUCCUCUUCACCGUCUCCCUCUCCUCUCUGCCGGCUCCGGCGGCAGCGCUGCUCGGCGUCCGGCCGGAGGACACUCAGAGCGGGGAGCUGUCCGUGCAGGAUGGGAUACUGAGAGCGAGAGAGGGGACCCGCUUCAUGCUGAGGGUUUACUACUCCGCAUCUCCUGCCGCGGAGCAUCCCAACAGCCUGAACAUCAGCGGCAGACCCGACGCUGCUCCUGCCGCUCCUUGGAUCGCGUUUAUAGAAGAACCAGGAGAUGACAGCGAGGACUCAGAGAGACAGUUUCUCUCCAGAGGGAAUCCAUGUGAGGAGGAGAACGCCCGGAGCUCCGACAUCGAGUUGCUGGGCUCCUUCAGAUCCACCUCAAGUCAGAACUCAGUUUUGGUGGAGCUGCUGGCGAAGGAUCUGCGCAGAGGAGAAGCGAUCAAAUACUACUCCAUGUGCGCGUUUGAUGGAGUGAAGUGGGAACAUUUCAGCACCAAAGACUUCUGGUUGGCAGUGGUGGAAGGACCUCCAGAGGCAGAUGUUUGGCUGCAGGCGGGGGUCUCGGUGCUCCUGUUGGCGCUGUCUGCGCUCUGCAGCGGGCUGAACAUCAGCAUGCUUGCUCUGGAUCCCGUAGAGCUGAGGGUCCUGCAAAACAGCGGCACGGAAAAGGAGCAGAAAUACGCACGGAAGAUCGAGUCUGUGCGUAAACAUGGAAAUUACAUCCUCUGCACGGUGGUUCUGGGUAACGUGCUCACAAACACAUGCUUUGUCGUGUGGAUGUGCCAGAUUUUAGGGAUGACUGCUCUCUCAACUGCCUUUUGCACUUUGGGGAUUUUCUUUAUUGGAGAGAUUUUACCUCAUUCCGUUGCGUCCAGGCACAGCCUCGCCAUCGCCUCCAAGACCCUCUGCGCCACCCGCCUACUCAUGCUGAUCUUCUUCCCCAUCGCCUACCCAGUCUCCAAGAUCUUGGACAUCAUGCUCCAUCAAGAGAUCAGCAACUUUUACACCAGGGAGAAGUUAGUGGCCAUGCUGCGCGUCACAGACCCGUACCACGACUUGGUGAAAGAGGAGCUCAACAUCAUCCAGGGCGCGCUGGAGCUGAGGACCAAGACCGUGGAGGACGUGCUGACUCCGCUGUCAGACUGCUACAUGCUCUCCUCGGACGCCGUGCUGGACUUCUGCACCAUGUCGGACGUGAUGCAGAGCGGAUUCACGCGGAUCCCGGUGUACGAGAACGACAGGGCCAACAUCGUGGACAUCCUGUUCGUCAAAGACUUGGCCUUUGUGGAUCCGGACGACUGCACCCCUCUGAAAACCAUCACCCAGUUUUACAAACACCCCAUGCACUGCGUGUUCAACGACACCAAGCUGGAUGUGAUGCUGGAGGAGUUUAAGAGAGGUAAGUCCACUUUCAGUCAUUCCAGGGUAGAAGAAGUGGGUGCAGAGUGAAUGUGAGGCUCCCUCCUGUUUCUUUAGAGUUAAAUCUGCUUUGAAGUGACUGUCCUCUUAAUAAAGCAAGUUUGAGAGAAGAAGCCAAUGUACACAGCAGCACACUGGCUCACAGUGGGCCUGUCAGAGAAACCCUUUGAUCCUCAGGGCAGAGAGCUCCAUAUGUGAAAUGUGAUCCAGUGUGUGACACCGAGUGUGGUUCAGCCAGAGGUUAGAGGCUACCAAGAACUGGGGUGCAUGUGGUUUUCAGAAAAAAAUUUAUGAUAUAAAAGUCUUCUCCGUGAUAGAAAUACCUUGAUCUUAAUCCCCCCUGGACCAGUCUUCCUUCGUCCUCAUAAAUCAGACUCAGUACAUCAAAUAUUCUUUUACUUUAAACUUCAUGUUUAUCUGCAUGAAAUAAGAGAAUAAGACAAGGAUAGAGGCGUUUUCCUGCAGAGGAGGUCAAUAUCCUCUCUCAGUCUGAUAAAUUAUCAGGUAAAAUUAAUUUAGGGUCAAACACACCAUAACACCGAGUUAGACACCCCCUCGAGAGAUGAAUGUUGCCGACCACUUGCUUCUCUAGUUAUACCAACUUUAGUAAUGACCGCAGGAUAGCAAUACACAGCGGUCUGAGGAGCCAUAAACAAACCUCAACCAAAACGCCACUCUAUAGCCACAAAUAAUGUUCAGAACAGCACCUAACUUCAUCAACAGGACAUAAAGGGUCACAGCCAUAGUACUAGACACCAAACAUCUUUUUAACUUUGACUAAUUUCUUUAGCAAAGAGACUAAAAACAACUCACCUACUCUCUUCCAGCAGCUACUUGUUUGUAGCGAGACCUCAGCCAUCCAAUACGAACUGAUCAUUACUUUAUCAUUUCCUUUAAGUAAUAAUCAUCAUAUUAAUCCUUUUGAAGUGCAGACGCGGUAGUUCUUCUGCCUUAGCGUCUCGAGUGAUUACAUUUCCAUAAAGAAAUGAUCAUAAAUGUUCUUCACUGAGCUGCGUCACCCCGCUGUAGUCCGUAAUGGACUGGCCUGAGGUCUACAAACAAGUAGCUGCUGGAAGAGAGUAGGUGAGUUGUGUUUAGUCUCUUUGCUAAAAAAAAUUAGUCAAAGUUAAAAAGAUGUUUGGUGGCUAGUACUGUGGCUGGGACCCUAUAUGUCCUGUUGAUGAAGUUAGGUGCUGUUCUGAGCAUUAUUUGUGGCUAUAGAGUGGUGUUUUGGUUGAGGUUUGUUUAUGGCUCCUCAGACCGCUGUGUAUUGCUAUCGUGCGGUCAUUACUAAAGUUGGUAUAACUAGAGAAGCAAGUAGUCGGCAACAUUCAUCUCUCGAGGGGCUGUCUAACUCGGUGUUAUGGUGUGUUUGACCCUAAAUUAAUUUUACACCGGAAUAUCCCUUUACGCAGUUUUCUUUAGAUUAGAAAGUUUUAUGUGAGGGGUGUUAAAAAGCACGAGGAUCAUCACUAACCAGAUCAUCAUGACAUUCAAAAUGAAGAGCCAAUAAAUAAAUAACUGGCUCUGAAAUAGAAGAGAGAACAAUCAGCUUUGGUUGGUGUGGGUAAUGUUCGAGUUGUCAGCUUCAUGGGACUCAAAAAGGACUUUUCUCUAACUUUAAAUGUCUGUCACAUCAAACUUACAAACCUGAUUAUAUAACACAUAGAGUACGACUUCGUUUGACAACUCCAAGAAAAGAAACUGAGCGCAUUUUGCAUCAUCUAUUUAAAGAUUUGGGUUUUCUUUUAAAAAUAUCUAAUACUUGCACCUCUUGCCAAUUUCUGCUCUCUUGUCUUCCUCUUCUCAUUUAUAUUAUUGAGGUGAUUGUUUUGCCAGAGUCAUCGGUGUAUUUGUGUGCUGCAAUAUUACAAAUUCACCUCUCUGACGUUCGAUGUUCGUCUGACCGAAGAUGUGUGACUCAGAGUGAGGUGACAUUUACCGCCCCUGCUGUCGCUCCAGUGAAGGAAAAUGCCUCUACUUUUCCUGAAUUGCUUUAUUAAUAUUGUUCAACAUGACAUUUUUAACUAAAAGCCCAUGCCUGGUUAAUAAGAUUUAAUAUGUGAGUCAAAUAGUUGGGGUCAAUUUUAGGGUGAAAUGACUAUUUCAACAAAAACUCUUCACAUAUAAUUAUGAGGCUUUUAAAUGUCGGUCAGGACAGAAUUGUACAUGAAGACCAAUCUGAUAUCAGGAGGACUACAACAAAGGGACUCUGUCUGAUUAUGUCAUGCUUUCAUUAAUAAUAUUUACAUCUAUAAUGUGGAAAAAGAUGCUUUUGUCUUUUAAAGGGCACAGAUACAUACAUAAUUUAGGCUUGUGUGUUUGAGCUAAGAUACUCUGACUUUUCAACAACGAGCAUAUCAGUUAGUUUUAUGCAACAUUUACUACCUCCAGUUUUUACUCCGAAUAUUUUAUAACAGAUACCCUUCGUUUAAAGGUGCAGUGUGCAAUAUCGAGCAGCAGUAGGAACAUGGUAAUACUAAACAUAAAUAUGUCAUAAGAGUAGGUCCUUUUUCAUGAAAGCUGCCAUCCUGCUCUGUCAUGUUAGCAUCAACUGAAAACAACCAUUUGUGGUUCUAUAUUUAAAGCUCCUAUGGGGAGUUUUUUUAAGUUUAUGAAAUAGACUAAAAAUUAUACGAAUGCCCUUUAAUGAUAUUCAAAAGCAAACAAGGGCAUCUGCAACAAGGCUGAUUAACAAUGUAAUCUUCAUUUUAAUGUCUGAAACAGGUGUGAGAUGGUAGAUGUUUUUACAUUUUCAUUAUUUAAUAUUCACAGAGCAUAAACUUUACCUUAAGAAGUCUAAAUGAUGAGAUUUUUUCGUUUACCUUAGCAUGUAGGGGACAAAAUAGUCAGAGGACACAUAACUAACCCCUGAAAAUGCACCAGUUUGAAGGUAAAGAAAUCAAGGGGAGUGGCUGUUGUUAAUGUGUACAAGAUAAUUUUUUAUGAUGGAUUUUUUAAGGUGAAAAGUUUGCAAACAGAAGAUCAUACUUAUUAUGCAUCACAGGAGCUUCUUUUCCUUGAAGGCCACCAUAGCUUCACCAAUGGAAGGGGUGAGCAAGGGAGCUUCAAUCUAAAAUCUGAUAUUUAGCUCAAUAUGACUGAAUAUCCUCAUUUCUACACACUGUGUUCUUAACUGGGAGGGUAGAAAAAAGCAUUCUGAGUGGAUACGGAUAAGGUUUAUAGAAUUACUGUUCUAAGAAAAUUACUUCUCAUAAUGCCGCAAAAAAAAAGUUGUAUUUACCAGGAAUAUAUUACAUUUAAAGUACGACUUAUCAGUAGAGCUAUAAAAAAAGAUAAAAGCAAUUAUAUAAGAUUUGCAAUGCCUAUAAUUACAUCCCGGCUUUGAGGGAUAGUUUAAAACACAAUUCACUGACCCGGCUGUCACUUCAGUGAGGGAAAAUACUGCUAAUUUUGCUCUAAAAUCCAUUUACCAUCACAUUUUAUAGCCAAAGCGUACUGCUGAUAGAAAUAGAGGGUAGAAACAUGCAAUGUUGGCAGUUUGAAGCGCCUAUACACACAUUUACAACAGCAAUCUUGACCUAAAGUGUAAUUUAAAGCCUUUCAUCACACCGGGAUGACAACAGCGACAGUGAAAACAACCUCGAUUUGAACCGCGCUAUCUUCUCUCUGAUUACCAUCUCUGCUGAUGAGCGCAUUUACAGCGCUACAACACAAACACUGAUAGCGUCUUUUCACCGCCGACCUUAAGUGUGUCACCUCUCUGCAGGGACUCUAUUCAUUCUUGAUGAUCGCAUUGAUUAUCAUCCUGAAUCGAUGUAAGAAGCUCAAACUGCUGCCCCCGAAUGUGUCACAGGCUCUAAUAGAAACAUACAAGAGGCCACCGGAGCGACUGUUACGUAAGGAUUUCAUUGGCAUUGACUUAUGUUGAAGGGAUUUAGAUGUAAAUCUGUCUCAUUGACAAAGAGAGCUGCACAGAUGGAGGCAGCCAAUCAGAAUGAAGAGGGAGACACAGCGGUGACUUUGGCAGGAACAUAAAUCAGAUUGCCACUUACAGGUUAAAGGGUCAACCACUUUAUUUUGCUCCAAAUCAUGGAGGAUGGCUUCGGUUUGACCUCGAUGUGUGUUUUUCUAUAUUGUGUUUCAUUUAUAGAUGAGGUUAGGUGACAGGGUGAACUCCAGAUUCACCUUUAGGUUGUUUUCGCCCACCCCGAGCGUCAGCCCUGCCGUGACUUUGAAGCUGCUUUCACUCUGCAGGUCGUCACCAUGCAAUCCUGCAGAGCGGCCAUUAAAAAUUCAACUCCAACCUUUCCCCUUCUCUUCAGCCUCCUUCCGUCUUUCCCUCUGACAGAUUUAAAGGCUCCUACUGUUCAGGAAGCCUGGUGGAGAGGCUGAGAGGACGUCUUACUGAGGAGGCUGAAGAGUCAGGGUGACGUCUGUGUUCGGAGGGGAUGGAAAUGUCAGCAUGCAAAUAAAUAUUAUUUUAACUUUUCAUCCAAGCUCUGCUCUUUACCUUGCGUGUUUGUGUGACUUGAAAGAAAAAGGUAAAGAGCGAGUAAAUUGGGCAAGAGAUGACAUUCAAGAGGGCCUGGGGAGGGGGUCUUACAUCGUGUCAUUACUGCAGCAUCUUGUCCUUUCGCCUGUUUUGGUACAGGAUGGAGAAAAAACAAGGCUGGUUCAGCAUGUAGGAAGAGAAUUUUCUCCUCCUUCUUGUCAGACUUUGGGAGCAUCUCAGUGUCAAGGUUGUUGUAAAGGUUAAUGAGUAAUUAAGUUGAAUGAGCAACACAGAACCUGCUGGGGAUCUGAUUUAGUAAGAUGAGGGAUUUCAUGAGAGGUGAAAUUAGUCUUCAGAUUAAGUUUGAAAGUAAAAGUAUCAACAGCAGGAUGUGCAAACAGAGCCGGCCCAAACCUCAAUGGAGCAAAAUUUGAUUUUGUGGCCCUCUAUUUCUGCCAAUAAUAUUGAUUGUUGAUCACUCACACACCUUCACAAAUCUCUAACAUUUCAUGACCUGUAAACACACCUUUAUCUUGUCGUUUUUCCUCUUUCUUUUUUCUGUUCCUGAAGGAUAUGUCCUUUUUUGCUAAUUUUUUUGCGGCCCUUUGGACGCUCAGCGCACAUUGCACAGCAGGAGGCACAUAACGGUAGUGGAGCUUUGACAUAUCGGCAGUAAGAAUCAUAGACCUACAUCGCUUUAUUUUAUUUUUACAAUUAUAUAUAUUUGAUCAUACAGAAAGCAUCACUCAUACAUGCAAAAAAUGAUAUAAUAUAUAUGUAAUAGUAAUAAAAUAAAAAAUACUUAAUUUUUUAUUGCUCUUGGGGGUCCCCUACUGGCCGUGGGGCCCUAAACUGGCGCUUAGUUCGCUUAUGCCUUGGGUACAAAUACUCCAAUACGAUCAAAUGUUAGUUACCGUAUUUUCACACUAUAAGGCGCACCUUUUUGACAGAUUUUUGAGCGCUGUGUACCACAUAAAGUCGGUUUGAGGUCAGUAAGCACAACUAGAAUUCAUACAUAAGGCGCACUGAGGAUUUUUGAGAAAAUUAAAGGAUUUUAAGUGCGCCUUAUAGUGCGAAAAAUACGGUACUGUAAUAGACGCACAAGUAGUAUGAUAGACAUGUGUUGCAAUAUGCUGCCAAAUGACCAUCACCACUGCAACCCAGCCAACAGUGCCACCAUCACAGACCCAGACUCCAUUCGAGUCUGAUACAGAUUGGCAGAGGGAGCCAACACAUCAAUAGAUCUAUCAAGUGGGUGCUGCUUUCACCAUUUUUUGGUCAAGUUAGGCUCAGUAGGCUGAAUAGGCCUCCUAUAACCACCCACUAUAUGCGAGCGCUCACCGCCAUCAAACCCACAUGUGGUGAAACAAAAGAAGAGAGAAAAACAGAGAGAGGAGUCUGAGAAGAAAUAUCAGACAAAGGGCAGAGCAAGGGCGAGAAUCUAAUGUGGGAUACAGCUCACCUUCACCAAGUUAGACUACACGCCCUGACUCCUCCUACUCCACUUUUUUCCAAGAGGAAGAAAGUAAAGAAGAGAAAAAACAGAGAUGAAAGUGAGUGAGGUAAUGGGAGAAAAAGGGAAGCUUACCCUCACUGGAUCAGGCUGUAUGCUCUGCCUCCCCCUCCUCCAGUGACUUACUACCCUGAAAAUAAGAGUUUUUUACUUUUACAUCAAAAACAUGACUUUGAUCUAAACCUGCUGUGAGGUUUGUGUUCAUUCUGACAAAGGGAUCCCUCUAAUCUCCCGUCCCGUACAUGUGAAAUCAUAUUUUUAGAGAACAACCUCAUCCUGUUGUCUUUCCACCGUGAAAUGUUUCACUUACUGUGAAUAUUUGUGGUGGAAAAACAUCCAACAAGACUUUUUUUUCAGCCUGCUGUCAAUCAUCUCGUCUGACACCUACCCCCCUCACAGUGAUUCAAGGUAUCAGAAAUCUCAACAGAGAAAUUAUCUGUUUUGGUUAUUUUUGCACCAGGAUCAGUUUGUGUUUCUUCACCAGGUAAAAACUCCUCACUGCACCUUUAAUCAUUCUUUAAAAAGCAUACCUUGUUUAUUUUAUAAGUUGCUUUAUCAAAGCUGCUAACUUAUAUACUUUCUUUAUACUGAGUUAUCUUCUUUAUAAGAUUAGAUAAGAUGUCCCUGUAAUAGUCCCAAGGGGUAAUUCCAAAUUUACAGCAGCAUGUGACAGAUACAGAGAGAGAAAAAUUAAAGAUAAAGACACUUGGAGCUUAAAAAAAUGAAUGUAGAUGAGUCAGAAUUUAUACAAUAAUAUGAUUUAUGUUUGUAUUAGCAAAAGAAUUUGAAAACACAAAUUUAUUAACAUGUUCUUGUGUUUGCUAAAAUAUUCCUUUACUGCCUUCUGGGCCACCGUAGUCCUGGCCUCUCUGUAUCGCGCUGUUGACAAAGCUUGCAGUAUUUUUGCACAUAUUUUUGUUUAUAACCUGCUGGUUUUAUAAGCACAUCUUCUGUCAGCUGAUAAGUCAGGGGAUCAGAAUCUGGAUCAACGUGAUUGGAAUCCACUUAUUGUGCCACAGUGAGGAAAAAUGUCUCCAGAGGUACAAACAAUGCAAACCGUACAUCCUGCCGUAAUCCAGUUUGAAUGUCAUGUAAACAAUUGAACGCACAAUCGUACACAAGCACAUGAUGCAAGAUCAAAACAGCUCACUGAGUUUAUAGAUCUGAGGAGACGGAGAAACAGGCGGAGCAGAAACAUUCGCAAAAGGGACAUCCAUGGUAGACCCAGUUUCGCCCUGGGCAUGUGUGUGUGUGAGUGUGUGUUUGUGUGUGUGAGAGUCUGCCUAACAAGCGUGCGUGCGUGUGUGUGCCAUUCUGCAAAAGUAUUAUGUAACAUAUGAAUGAUGUAAUGCAGUGCCAGGCACAUUAGCAGCUGAGGGCAUAUCCACGUCUGACUCACCUGAACUCUUUAGACAAGCUGACCUGAGCUCGAAGUGUGACCUCAGCCUCAUAUAGAAAGAUGGCCGCCUGUCUGUCUGUCUGUCGAUCAGUUGGCGAGUGAGGGUUUUUUUUUUCUUUUUUCUUCUUCUUGUUACUGUGGAUUAAAGUAUUUGAUCCAUUUUAUCCCCUGGCAGUGAUCUCCUAAAUCGGCCCAUCUCAUAUGAUUUUGUUGGAAGCUCGGGUUGGAGACUGUUUACAUGUUUGCGGUUUGAACGCCGUGUUCUAGUGACAUCAUGAACUGGGUUAGAUAACUUAUUUGGUCACUAAACGGACUUAAGCCGUGACGUAAAAAGGAGUCAGGCUGUGGUUGCCAUGAUGACAAAGAUAGAUAUAGUAAACAUAGACAAAAAUCUGCUUUUUGGUGCGUAUGGUGGAUUAUUUUUGUCAUUCCCUCUCCUGUGUCUUUGUGAUGCUCGUCCUCCAAGGCAACUCUCUGUCACAUUUGUUUUAUCGAAUCGCUGCAUGGAUGCUGUCGGCGAUCUGUGUCAUUGUAUCUGGCAGGCAUGUCGUGUUCACCCAAACACGAGCUGAGUGGGACCGCUGGGUCUGCUCAUGCAUGUGUAAAAAGUGUGUGUGUGUGUGUGUGUGUGUGUGUGUGUGUGUGUGUGUGUGUGUGUGUGUGUGUGUAUGUGUGUGUGUGCAGAGGUUGGCAGAAGCAUGGGCAGUUUCAUCAGCAGAUGUAGGCAUCCCCAGACUGAUUGCGUAAUCUCUGUGUUUACGUAAGGGCCAAGUCUUCCAAACUGUCAAAGUGUCUCUAGACUAAUCCCAAAAUGCCUACUUUCUACUCACCCUACACACACAAAACACACACAUAUAUACACACACACACACUCUCUAAAGUCCUCCUGACAUUGCAAUAAUUUCAGACCAAUUCUCCUGUGUUUACAGUCUCUCAGCUCCAGUUGGUGUUUUAAGGCCGAUUUUCAUCUCCAGUGCACAGAUCCAGUUGGAGGCUGUUGACUCGUGUUAUUUUUAUCCACUGACGUUAACUCUCCAUCCAUUGCAUCAGCAUUGUUUUUAGUCUGUUUGCAUAAACUCACAUUAGAAAAUUAUUUUUAGCUCACCCUUUUCUUCUUCUGCUUCCUGCAGGGAAGUCCCACCUGGCCGUAGUGCAGAGGGUGAACAGCGAAGGGGAGGGAGACCCCUUCUACGAGGUGAUGGGGAUCGUCACCCUAGAGGACGUCAUCGAGGAGAUCAUCAAGUCGGAGAUUGUGGACGAGACGGACCUGUACAGUACGUAUGAUGCAUAAAAACACACAUAAUGAAGCUUUGAGUCGUUGCAUUAUCUGUGAAAACACCUUUUUGUGUUUCCAGCCCCCACGCUGGGUGGAUUUUCUCUCAUUUUGGCACAGUAGCCGGCAGUUUUCUGCAGCUUUUGUCCACAGCAUCAUUAGCCAAUGCUCUAUUCAAAGACAUGAAAAGCCUCCUCUAGCAGCAUUUCUGCACCAGUAGAACAUUUGGAUUUCCUUUCCUCACCAUCCUCUCUCCUUGUUCCUCAUUAAACUAUUGAUUCCCCCGUCUCUCCCUCGUUGUCUUCAGCUCCUUGCUGGUGCAUAAUUAAAUAAUGCGAAUAAAUGGCCCGGUCUCACAGAUAAUCACUAUAAUCCGCUCAUCUUUAAUUGGCUUGAAAGGCUGUCCACAGAGGGAAACUCAAAUACCAACCUCCCAUCAUGUCAAAUCUGAUCUUUCCAAUAUUUGCUCGCCAAACUGAUGGUAAAUAACUUUUUAUUUUAAUAUGCUCCCACAAAAACUCCGGAAGCAUCUAAUUUUAAAGCACACAGCAGUUUUAAUUACAUGCAGAGAGGAGCAGUCCCUGUCAGGGGGGCACUUGUGUGGGUGUUCAUAAACUCUGUUUUUCUCUGUGUUUGUGUGUGCACAUAAUUAUGCAUGCAUGUGUGUGCGUGUAUAUAUAUAUAUAUGUAGCACAGGGGAGCUAAUCUCUCCAGACGUAGCUCUUCAGGCGGUUGUAGUGCCAGCUGUUUGUGAUGCAGCAGAUGUAGCAGCAGGUUUAAUGGAGUCUAAUAUAUUUAAUACUCAUCGUAUCUGCAGUGGAUAAGUGAAUUUAUCAAUCAGAGGUGUGUUUGCAAGCACUCUCCAGCUGUGUGAGUAAAUUUAUGAAGAGGAAUCACGUUACAGAAUCCCGCUUUAGUGUUUAUCAGCUGCUGGAUGUUAAGCUGCAUCAGCUAAUGAGGUCAGAAGCACCUCAAAAUAGUUAAUUCCUUGUAGUGCCAACAUGAAUAAUUUACUUAUGUGGCGUAUCUAGUAGGACAAACCUAAUCUGUGAAAUUAAAGGCCUCUGCCUCUAUUAGUUAUAAUCAGAUUAUAUGAAAUGUGAAACAUGCAGUGUGUGUGUACCUUACAAGGGCACAGAGUGAACUAUAAAAAGAGGAUUUUUUCUAUGAAUUUAAUCAAGACUUCUUCAGAAAGAGACAAAAAUAAAAAGAUAUGAGCGUGACAUGAAGCUCAUUUACCUGCACAAGAAUGUGAGUUUAUUGUAAAAACCAAUAGUGUGAAAAAGAAGAUUAAUAUUUCAAGACCUAACACACUAUUCGUUCUUUAAAUUGUAACUGAUUUCAGUGAUUUCAUUACACUUUUAAUCACUUUUGAAAGUUAAUGUUUUUGUAUUGAAGCAGUCCAGUUAUCAAAGUGCUGAUUUGGGAGUGAAAUGAAUGUGAUGAAAUCUUCUUUAUGAUCUUGACUUUAGUUCUGUCAGUCAAAUAAUAAAUGCAGUUCUGCUACACCAGUGUGAUCUACAACCAUGAAAAAGGCUGAAGUACAGAGGAUUAGGGCCGCAUGAAGAGAAAAUAAAAUAAGUACAGGAACGAGAUUAAAGUCAAAAUUUAGAGAUUAAAAUCACAACCAGAAGGUCCUGGGUUCGAAUCCCGGUCAGGGCAUUUCUUGUUUUAGGAACAUUAUGAACAGUGAACAUACCAGUUUAAACACAAAUAAACGUUAAUAAAAGACACGUAACAGUAAAAGUUUUGGUGUGAAUCACAAUAUAAGGGGGGACAUGAGCUGCUUGGUGUAGGUCUGCACUCUCCGAGUGCUUUUCUAGUCUUAUGUAUGUCUUUUAUAUUUCCUAACAGGAGUUUUAAUGUUUUGAUAUCCUGAUCAAAUUGAUCUUAAAUUGUAUUGUAGACCAUAUUAUGUGUGCUCUGUGUGUUUUAAUAGCGGAUAAUCGGAACAAAAGAAGAGUUUCUCACCAUGAGAGGAAACAACAAGACUUCUCCAUUUUCAAACUGGCAGAAAAUGAGCUGAAGGUGAAAAUUUCCCCUCAGUUACUGCUGGCAACACACCGUUUCUUGGCUACAGGUAACGCUGGAUUUGUGUUCAUGUAUUGUGUGAAUUAUCUGUCUAUAGUCAGUGGAUUUCAGGGUAAAAUCAGGACAGAUUCGAGACAGGGAGGGAAGUCAUUUCUUUAACUUGUAUUGUGCUUUUUAUGUGUGUGUGUCCAAAUGGAUCUAUCUUGUAGAAGUGGAGCCUUUCAGACCGUGUCACCUGUCAGAGAAGAUCUUACUGCGUCUCAUCAAACAUCCCAGCGUUGUGCAGGAACUGAAAUUCAACCCGAAGAGCAAACACGCUCCUCAGCACUACCUCUUCCAGAGAAACAAACCUGUCGACUACUUUGUCCUUGUCCUGCAGGUAAACCCUAAAUCUCUUUUUCUGCUAAUAAAGCCAAAUACUGAUGGAGGCUUAAAGGUUAAAUUGAUGAUUUAUGAAACCAAACACUUCUGUGACUGUGUUUUUGCACAUUGACUGUAAGAGAGGCUCUGUUAGAUCAGUAAUUAAUUCAGUGUUUUUCACACCUAGAGCUUUUUAAUGCAUGUCGAUGUCUGCGUUAUUGUUGCAGGGACGGGUGGAGGUCGAGAUAGGAAAAGAGGCUCUACGCUUCGAGAACGGAGCGUUUUCGUAUUAUGGCAUGCCAGCUCUCAUCCCGCCUCUGCCUAUUGGUAAGCAAGUGCGCACGCGGAGACGUAUGAAUGGUUCUUUGAGACUGCGGGUCUUAGGCUGUGGAUGUUGAGUUCAGGAAUAAUAGUCUGAAAAUGAUUGCAGUGCCGGUUGUUGUCUGAAUCCCACCCAGAGUCUGUGUGUCGUCAGCCUGCAGCAGCAGCAGCAGCAGUCGUGGGAAGUAAGUAAUUAAAAGAAGUGAUUUCAGAGAAUUUCCCAGUGGAAGGACAUGACCUGCACAGGAUUAUAUGAAAUCCAGCUAAGACUGCAGCGCAAGCAGAAAGCCUGUCGUUCACACACUCUCAUCCCUCCCUGGUUCCUGUGAAAGGCCUGUGUGCAUGUUUUGCAUGUGUGAUGUUCAGGUUGAGUUUAAAGCGUUUUGGAGGACCUCUUUAAACAUUAGAAAAUCUCUAUUGGACAUUACAAAGUCUGGUAUUACAUCUUGAAGGAGCUGCUUUUACUUGUACUCGUCAUUGCUCUUCAAUUAGACCUGACAAGAACAGACUCUCUCUCUCCACUCAGCGAGGUUGAGCAUUUCUCCGACUCAUGCAGAAUAAAAGAAGGGAAAUAGAUUUACAUAACAAAAUACACACAUGUGGAGAUUUGUAAUAACAAGCUAAAUUCACCUUUUUAUCUGCUCUCUUUCGGUCUAACAAAUUAGAUUGCAUUGAUGCAUAAUAAAAGAAGAUUAGCUGAAAAUGUUCCCGCUCUCAUCUGGCUGAUAAGGAUCCUGCAUGAAUAUAAUUACAGAGCAUUAUCAUACUUUCUGAUUACAGGUUUUGAUUGUGCGGUUCUGAAAAUCACAAUCAAAGUGUGUUUCCUUCUAUUCUGUCCAGGUCAUAGGUACAGUUCCCGGGGCAGUGGUCUGAACCAAUCAGAUUCUUUACUGUGCGGAGGCAGUGUGGGUCAGCUCAACGCAGGAGGAGGGGCCUACUUACCCGACUACUCAGUGCGGCAGCUCACAGACCUGCAGAUUAUCAAGGUUUGUAGCGGGAGCGCCUGAAAACACAAAACAGAAACAUAUUAAUGAAAGAAACUGCAGCUAUUAUGUACUCAACUAAUUGUAUAACUUCCUGCACACUGUGUUAACAAGCAGGACUCAAGCAAGCCAGUAACUGCACUUUUAAACCUCUCUAUUUAAUCUCCAAAAUUCCCCGAAAAUGCAGACUCUUCCUCUGCAGCAGCAGCAGCGUGAGCCUUUGAUAUGUCCUAAUCCGAGAUCCUGACAGAACACAGACAUCCUGCUCUUGUUCUCCCUCCAUGCAGUUUUCCUUUAAUCACUCGGGAUAAUUGAGCUCAAUUUCAACCGUGAAUAUUUCAGCUUUAAAUGACUGAUGCGCCCACACAUUUCGCUUCUACGCCCCUUUCUGAAAUACAGUUCCCACCGUCUACUGUAUGCACACGCGGUUUUAAAAGGGAUAUUCACAUCAGCUGCAUGACAGUGAUUAAGAGUGACAUGCUUUUGUAUCGUCCUUAAUCACGAGGACGGUCGCAGAAAGGUUUUAUGUGGCCACAUUUUUACAGUUAACAAAUGAUAUGUUGUGAUUGUUGUGCAAAGAACAUAUUGCUUAUUUAGGAAGAGCUGAACAUGAAAGACUGAAACAUAAAUAUAUUUGAGCUUUGCAUUAAAGAGAUAUUCCAGCUUAAAAUUAAUUAAGGGUCAAACACACCAAACACUGAGUUAGACACCCCCUCAAGAGAUGAAUGUUGCCGACCGCUUGCUUCUCUAGUUAUACCAACUUUACUAACGACCGCAGGAUAGCAAUACACAGCGGUCUGAGGAGCGUAAACAAACAUCAACCAAAACGCCACUCUAUAGCCACAAAUAAUGCUCAGAACAGCACCUAACUUCAUCAACAGGACAUACAGGGUCCCAGCCAUAGUACUAGCCACCAAACAUCUUUUUAACUUUGCCUAAUUUCUUUAGCAAAGAGACUAAACACAACUCACCUACUCUCUUCCAGCAGCCGCUUGUUUGUAGCGAGACCUUGGGCCAGUCCAUUAGGGACUACAGCGGGGUAACGCAGCUCAAGGAAGAACAUUUAUGAUCAUUACUUUAUCAUUUCCUUAACGUAAUAAUCAUCAUAUUAAUCAUUUUGCACUGCAGAUGCGGUAGUUCUUCUUCCUUAGCGUCUCAGUCUGAUUGUAUUUCCAUGAAGAAAUUAUCAUAAAUGUUCUUCCUUGAGCUGCGUCACCCCGCUGAAAUCUGUAAUGGACUGAGCUGAGGUCUCGCUACAAACAAGCGGCUGCUGGAAGAGAGUAGGUGAGUUGUGUUUAGUCUUUUUGCUAAAGAAAUCAGGCAAAGUAAAAAAGAUGUUUGGUGGCUAGUACUAUGGCUGGGACCCUAUAUGUCCUGUUGAUGAAGUUAGGUGCUGUUCUGAGCAUUAUUUGUGGCUAUAGAGUGGUGUUUUGGUUGAGGUUUGUUUACGGCUCCUCAGACCGCUGUGUAUUGCUAUCAUGCGGUUGUUACUAAAGUUGGUAUAACUAGAGAAGCAAGCAGUCGGCAACAUUCAUCUCUCAAGUGGGAGUCUAACUUGGUGUUACAGUAUGUUUGACCCUAAAUUAAUCUUACGCUGGAUUAUCCCUUUAACACUGGUUAUUUUUGUGUCCCCACAGAUCACCAGAAAUCACUACCAGAACGCCCUCACAGCCACCCGCAUGGACAGCUCCCCUCAGACUCCGGACCCCAUGGAUCCCAAAGGAAGGCCUCCGAUCCCAGAGGCCCGCUCGCACAGCAUCGCCCUCCCCCUCACGCACACACACACUCGGCUGGGGCUGGCACGCCUUGCACAUCUGCAUCCCCACGGUGGCCUUCGAAACACGUCCCAGCUCAAUGAGAGAAACAGAAUCGUCCGUAAGUGGCACUUUAUGGACUCGAAGGGCUAAAAUCUUAAAUCAGUCAAUCUCAGUCUGCAUAACUUUAGCUUUCCGUCAAUUUAAAUGCAACUCUCAGCUGUUUUUCUCUCAAACUGUAGGACAAUUAUCAGGAUUUCUAAAGCUCCUCUGCUUAUUUUAGUUGCAGUAUUCGGCUCUUGCAUGCACUGCUAGUCCUUAUAAAUAAAGAACAACAACAACUCCCUGAAGUGUAAAUGAGAGAUGAGCUUCCUGUGUGAGGCUACAUUUGAAUUUAAUUGGUGGAAAUGUCUUUUGAAGAGAAGAAAAACGAGGUUCAAAGGCUCAGACACAAUGAUAGGAGCGCUGUUGGACUGGAGGACACAAAAUAAACUGUAAAAGACACAAUUCAGGAUAAAUGGGACUCUUCCAGAAACCUACUAAAACAUCCAAAAGACAACUCCAGUUUUAACAACCUCUUACUGGAUUUCCUUUUUUUCACGAAUGAAGAAUGAAUUUAAAACGUCCAAAACCCACAAUGACUCACAGAACUGGUGCAAACGCAGCUUCAACCAAUCAGUACUGGUCCCAAGGCUUAAAGGAUUUCCCACGUACCAUCUGUCUUACACUGUGUGUGACACGCCACCGAGUUUGUGUGUCAUUAAGAAAAAUCUACAGACAGAUGGUUCUGUUGGUCGUCAAUAAAAAAAAGAUUUCACCAAUUAAGCCCUCCUCACCAGUUAGAGCUGACAUGAAUUUUUAUUUCAGAAUCAAUCUGCCACCACUGUUACAUUAAACGUCUUUCUCAGCCGUGAAUAGAGCACUGACGGCUAGAUAAUCAGCUCUCUACCUCCCUCUAUAGGCAGACUUUAAAAGCAGCUGAUGUUUUGUGAGCUGAUCGGUUUUGUUUUCCUUUCAAAGGCAGUAAAUCUGAUGGGCAGCGGAGUCCAAAUGAUACCGUGUUCCUCCGCAUGGAUGAGAUCCCUUAUAUCCACGAGGACCGACCAGAAACUUUUGGAGAGAACGGUGAGAAUCGAUGCACAUUUACUGGAUUAUAAUCUCAGUUACAGCACAAAACCACUUCUUCUGCAAAUGGUUUAUUUUCUUCCUGCUGUCUGUUUGUUUCACAAGAAGUACUUUAUUAUCUGAGGUUGAAUAAAGGGAUUAAAGUUUGUUGUUUUUGAUUGAUCAGUUGUGCCAGUUCAUGGCAUUUGAGAUAAUCGACACUGGCCAAUAUCUGCGCUCACAGGCUGGUUUAAAAAAGGCAUUUUCAUUUUCCCUAAAGGUUACAGGUUUUUCUAUCUUCGGUGACAGCAUAUCAUAUCUAUAAAAAUGCUUUUUAGUUAUUGUUAAAUAUAAAUUAUGUUAUGAUAUAUAGAAUAAUGCAGUUUUUGUUUCUGAUGCAAAUAUCAGCCAUUUUCUUCAAUAUUUAACAUAACCUGAUGUGUUUUCUAUUUCUCGAAUCAGUUAAAAAUCCAUCUUAACAUGUCAACGACUGAGAAGACUAUAUCUAUUAGGUCAGUGGUUCUCAACUGGUGGGUCACGACCCAAAAGUGGGUCACAGACACGUUCUGGAUGGGUUGCAAACAGCUGGUCAAAAAAGUAAAUAUUGAAUGCGCAUCUGAUGUUUGACAUGUCUCUUAUUUUGUGCAAUUUCAUGGUUAUUAUCUGUACAUGCAACGUCAGUAGUUGUCGUCCUCGGUUCAUGUGCUCUGAAAUGCACUUUACUCAGUAAAACGGGUGUAUUUGUGUCAAAGAUUUGAGUCUUUAAAAGUUUUUUUUUUAUUAUAAAAAAUAAAUUUGCUCAGUUUGAAUUCUAUAAAAGUGGGUCACGACUUAAGGACUGUGGGAAAAUGUGGGUUCCAGAGUGAGACCAGUUGAGAACCGCUGUAUUAGGUUAUACGAGUCUUUAAAGCUCCUGUGAGGACUUCUUCUCCGGUUAUGAAACAGACUGAAAUGAACACUGAUGUCUGAUCACGAGCUGCAAACAAAACCAUAAGAAACGAGACUGAUCCUUUCUAGACUGUUAUUAUCAUGGGUGCCUGAAAUGACUGCUGUGGGGCUAUGUGCCAGACAAAGUAAUAAACUGAUAUUGAAAAAAUCCUCUUUUAGGGCAAAGAUUCUUGGAGUGACUCAUUUCCUGGUUAAAAAAAGCUGAGAAAGUUUUCCUGUCAAAAAUGUUUUUUUACACAUGUCCAAGAGAAAUCAGAGGAGAUAAGAGGAGGUGACAAAAUGGUCAGAAACCCAAAGUUUCUCACAGGAGCUUUAACAGAAAUGAUUCAGGUCAAACUCAGAGAAUGAACACAUCUAUUUACCAUUUUAGAAGUGAAAUAUCUGAUGUUUUCUAUGCUAUAAAAGUGAUGCCUGUAUGCCUGUGAAGUCUGUAUAACUGAGUACGAUUGUCUGCCUCCACUUCAGCUGUAAUUUCUGCUUCACCCCCCUCUCUCCCUCAGAUGUGCCUAUAGAGUCUCUGCCGUCCACGUCUCCCUUCAUCAGCUCCCGCUCUCUGUCCAGCUCUGAAGAAAACAUCGGAAAGAGGCUGCUGCGUAAAUUGAGUGAGUGAGCAAUCUGUCACACAUACACACACAAACACACACAAACACACACACACAGCAGUGGAACAGCAUGCCUACAUAUCCCGUCAGAUGCACCCAAACUUUUCUGGCAGACAUUAGUGGGAUUGAUGCCAGGUGUAUCUUAGCAACAGGUGACGUGUCAUGUAUCUCGCUGCAACCUCCUCCUUCCUGCAGAGCAGAUUCCACAGAUACAACUGUGUUUACUGGCUCUGCGACAAGCUGACUCAUUUACUCCUAUUUAGCAAACUGCGCUGUGAGGGACUGUUGCUCUUCUACGUUAUUUAUUUGAGAAAAUCUUGAAAUAUUUCUUCACAGCAUUGACAUUGUGGUGCCCCCCUGUUAGUUUUUAAUAUCCUAUUUUAAGCUCAGAUUUCAGUUUUAAAAAUCAUCACCCUGUUUCUUUGCCAUCAGAAGCUGGAAGAGAGGAUGGAUUUGUGUUAUAAUAUAUCUAUCCUGACAACAGCUUUUUUUUAAAAAACAGAUAUUAAUAGAGGAUAUUAAUAUUUUUAGAGUUUUAAUGCCUUAAUUAAGAGAGUAUUGGACAACGGACUGAGCAUAAAAUGGGGGGUGUAACAUAUGGGAAAGGAGCCACAGGCCUGAGGCGUAACCUCCAUAUAUAGAAUACCCACAUAGACCGUGCAGCCAGCAGUGCCUCAAGGUAAAAAAAUCUCAAACACAUUUUCCAUUAAUAUCACUUAAUAAUUGAUCACAGCAGAUGGAAAUAAAUCCAGAAAUAAGCACCUUCAUGUAACAACAAGAGCACUUCAGACCGGUUUGUAUCAGAUAACAAUGUUAAAUCAAAUUGCCACCCUAGGAAACAAAGUUAGAUCAAAUCAUGAGAAAUUGAAAGAUUGGCACAGCUGGGGCAUCUGCCACCCCUGGUCACCCCUUUGGAUCAGCCUCUGUUACUGAGUUAUAAAACAAAGAAGAACAAGAGGCAUCCUCAUUGGUUUCAUGUAAACAGACAAACCAGUUGAGUCUCCCCCUGCUAGUCAUAAAGAAGAAUUAAAGUUUAAGGUACUUUCAAACUGGCCUCACCUUUUAUACCCCAGGGCGAAAUCCACUAGUAUCUUCAGGUUAGAGCUCACUGAAGAGAAAAGAAAACAACAUAUGGCUGCUAAAUGCUGAUUUUAACCAGUAUUGACAUCCAAAAAAAUUAAAUAUAUUUCUUCUGUUUCCAGGUAACAAGAGAAGAAAAAAGUCCCAAGAUGAGGAAAAGUGUUUGGAGGAGCGUUCGGAGGAAAGUUCAGAGCAGUUACCAGCUGCGAGCUAGCACAGUGAGAGCGAGGACGAGGAGGGAUGAAGCACACACCUUCUUCCUCUUUACCGUUCACAGAAUUUCUCAACAAAUCAACCCUCCCUCCUCCUCCACCGAGACUCUCACAGAAGACUGAGCCGUCAUAUCUGCUGUAGCCUCUCUGUCCAAACUCUGCCUGACCUUACACAUCCUCACAAGAGAGACAGAUCUGAAAAACUUGAUUGGACGAAUCUAGACAACAAAGUUUUGGAUUUAUCCAGCCUUACACUGGACUGUACGGACCUAAAAUGUUCUUAUUUAGCAUGUGCUAAUAUUUUAUGGUAGCUCUGUUCAUAAUGCUAACAUCUACGCAUGUCAUUUUAGCCAUAGUGUGUUACAGCAGCAUUGCUUGUGCUUCAUCUGGACUUUGCAGGGUCCGUGGAAAACAUCUGAGCCAUUUUUUUUUCUCAGUUUUUCUCUAAAGGGAUAUUCCGGCGUAAAAUUAAUUUAGGGUCAAACACACUGUAACACCAAGUUAGACACCCUGUCGAGAGAUGAAUGUUGCCGACCGCUUGCUUUUCUAGUUAUACCAUAGACUGUAUAUUCUAUGAACAACUUGGUUUCGCCUUCUAUGGAAGUAAAUCUGUGCCAUCUGAUUUUGAAUUUCUAAAGCUGAAUUUUUUUUUGCAUCAAAAUCAGACUUUGAAUUUCAAAACCAUUGAAUUUCAAGCACACAUUUUUAUUUCUUACUUAUUUUUUUCACAUUGAUGAAAUAAAUUAAUUGUUAAAAAAAAUCAAUCUCUCAAAAUAUUCAGGUAGUGAAAAAAUAAACUGUAAAAAAAAAAAUAUUCAACCUUAAAAAAAUUUCUGUGUCAAAAGAUUCAGUGUCAAAAAAUUUAGUGUAAAACAGACCGACUCAACAUCCAGGUAAUAAGGGAGAAGCAAUCGAUCUUUCAAUCUUCCACUGAGGUCGGUGUCACAUGACCAAUCUCCCAUUAUUUGAUUAGCCUGACGAUGGAUGAUGGAGCCAGGAAUCGAUUGCUUCUUUUACACUGAAUUUAUUUCAUCAUUGUGGGAAAAAAAGUGUCAGAAAUAAAAAUGUGUGCUUGAAACUCAAUAGUUUUGAAAUUCAAAGUCUGAUAUUGAUGCAAAAAUAUUCAGCUUUAGAAAUUCAAAUUCAAAACCAGAUGGCACAGAUUUACUUCCAUAGCUUUCCGCCAGUUUAUGGAUUUGAAGCCGAAUUGCUCUCAGUAUUUCUGCGAUUUUUCUUCAUUUCCUGAAACCAACAUUGCGCAGUAGCACUGACGCACUUCACCACUUGCGCAGUGGCAUUGUACGCAUUCGUCGGGAGAGUUACGAAAAAGUUGGUAUAACUCGAGAAGCAAGCGGUCGGCAACAUUCAUCUCUCGAGGGGGUGUCUACCUCAGUGUUACAGUGUGUUUGAUCCUAAUUUAAUUUUACGCCGGAAUAUCCCUUUAAACCCAACAACAAAAACAUAUUUCAUUUCUUAUGUAUUCAUUAAGAUGAGACAGCUCCCACAUACUGGAAAUAAUUUUUGCACAGGGAAACGUCUCAGUGUUGCCGUUAAGGUGCCACCUUCUGCAACACGACAGUAGCCACAAGAUCAAAAAAAAGUCACCACCAGAUUACAGCACAAUUUUUACUCCAGAUUUUAAGAACACAAUAAUGAAAAAGCCAUAAAAUCUUUUUCUCAGCUUGAAUCAGUCGUUACUGUAAACACUGACCUCUCAGAGAGGUGCGCACAAUUUUACAAACGCCUGUGCCAGAGCGAAUGACGCAGUUUCUUACCUGACUUUUAUAUGAAGGUUUCAGAACUACCAAAAGGGAUUUGAAUAAGCAAUAUAAGUCAUCCAACAUGCUGUUAGUGAUGUGAAUUCAUCACCUCAUACAUGCAUAGGACACUAAUCCCACACGUCUUUCCAUGUAAACCUUCUUUCCUCGUACUGUAGCUGUGCCGACACAGUUUUCACCUUUUGGAAAAACAAUCAGCACACCACAUCAACCUCACACACUCAGCAAACAUUUGAGCCUUUUCUAUGUACAGAUCAUCCCAUCACUAAAGCUGCAUACACCAAUCAGAAAUAAGCUAGGGGAUCAUGGGUGGGUUUGGGAUUUUUGGGAUAAAAAGCGGAUAUUAAAAGUAUUCUCGAGGAAGAGUAGUCGCAACUUGCAUGUUCAUAUCUGCUGCUAUUGCUGUAGAAUUGCCCCCCUGUAGAAAGCCCUAAUUCUCCAUAUGCAUGCUUACAUAAAGGGAUGCAUGAAUAGGAUGAAAACAAUCUGCAGAGGUGCAAUGUGUAGCAACUAUAGAUAUUAAGAUGAAGAAAUGGCAGCCUCAAGUUUUAGAGUUGAAACCUGAAAAAAAAGCAAAUGGGAGGAGAAUUAGAAAGAAACAAGAGAGCAAAAAGCUGCAGUUUUCAUGCUUUUAAUUAAACUGCAUGUAUGAAUGCACAAGGGGAUUUCAGAGGGGAUCAAAUGUCACCAGAUCUAGGGAGAAUCCUGCCACAGACGCUGCUCACUGAAGGAGGAUUUAAAGCCAUUUUCUAAGAAUGUUUUACCAACGCAAUAAGGAGUAGUUCUGUGUUUGAUUCACGAUGGGAGUGCAGCUCACGUCCAGCUUAGCCGAUCUGCACCGGGAAAUAUUGGCAGCGGAAUAGAGGAGAUCCGAAAGAGGAAAAGCAAUAUGACGCACACUGACGUCAAGCCACCGCCUCCCUUUAAACACACUCACACACAGGUGGUGUUUGGGGACACUCAGUGAUAUAAUUCAUUCUGCCUGCGAAGGCUAUGGGAGUACAAAGGAUACUGCACUGCUAAGCUUUUCACAUUGACCCCUCUGUGUACACAGAACGUACAGCGGGAAGUCUUUUGAUCUGACAACUGACAGCCGGCACAAGGAUCUGUGAAGCCGAAGCUUUUCAGUUUUGAGAGGUUUUAAAGUCGGUUAACACUGGUUUAUAUUUGUAGAGAUUAUUAUAUCGAGUGUUUAAAGUAAAGAGGCAAAGUUGCAUUUUGUAGUUUACCACCCAGAUAUUAACAAGUUACCCAAAGAUGUCAAAGAGACAGAUUACAUGUUCUACAAAAGGGAUGAUGAAAUAAAUUAAUGGAUUAACAAUA